AUGGACGCUAACACGGAAACGGUGAAGGAGCGGUCUCUCGCGUGGGACAAUUUAAUCACAAAAGACAUCAUCAGGCACCAAAAGUCGGCGCAGACGGACACGCCGGCGACGGAUGCCGUCGCGACGGCCGAGGCCGGCGUCGAAGCGGCGGCCGACUGGGAGGAACGGCUGGCGGCCCUGUUGGAACUCGCGGAUUCGCGAGCAAAGGAGGAAGAUCGACUGGUCCGGCGGCAGCAGCGUGAAAAUGCGGACAGACAGAGGGAUGUGGCGCAAGGGCAGAAGAAGAAAGCGGCGAACCAGCGACAGCACCAGGCUCUGGUGGAGAAGCUCAACUCUGUGCGUGUGAAGCUACAGCUGAACAACUCCAAAACCACCCGCAAGAAUUUCCAGUCCAAGAAGAGGGAAAUCGGCGCCGAAAAAGCCCGCGCCGAGGACGAGAGAAACAGGCUGUCCAAGGAACUUGAGGAAAUCACCGCUAAGCUGUCAGAGUUGACGCAAGAGCACCGGGAGGAGAAGGGCCGCUGGCAGGAGGAGCUGGAGGAACUAAAGAAGGAGCUGGACAAAGUCCGCCGAGAGGCCGAAGACGGCGAGCGCGCCGCCUUGCGAGACCAGAUCCGAGCCGUAGAAGCGCAGAGAGACCUCGCCUCGGAGCGCGUACGAGCCUGGCUUAUGGAGGCGUCGGCGUACGUGUCGUCGCUGCGGCCCGCCGACCGCCAGGAGAAGGCCGACUGGGCCGACAAGGAGGCGGCGGUACGCAGAAACCACGCCGAGCUCCAGGACUGCUUCCAGGACAACUUGGCCAUGUUGCAGAAAGGACACGAAUUGGAGUCACUGCCACGCAUCAAUGUGCCCGCGCUGCCGUAUAUACCCACGGCCGAGCUGAGGUUGAAACAUAUGAUAUCGCGACUUCCUGCGGCGCCGCCUCCGAGGUUUUACAGGUUGCCGCCCCCUUUUCACCCCCCCUUGCCGUACUACGCCAGACCCCAGUUCUACAUGUCACCCCCGCCGCACGCGAUGGCGAGGCCGCCUUUCAUCCGCCCGGCGCCACCGCCGGCCUACCCCAUCGUUCCGGCCCAAGCGCCACCGCCGGCCUACCCCAUCGUUCCGGCCCAAGCGCCACCGCCGGCCUACCCCAUCGUUCCGGCCCAAGCGCCCGCCGCUCCUUCCGGCACCUUGGACAAGGUGUUGGACAAGCUGGAGGCGCGCUUCCCGCAUUGCACUAGGGUGCAGCUGACGCACCUGCUGCAGCAGGUGAAAAGCAGCCGCGGGACCCUCGCGGGUAUGUUGUUCGACGAAAUGGCGGAGAAGGUAGGCCUGCUCCUGACGCGGGUCGACACGCGUGCUGCGCCGGCCGCCGCGCCGUGCAAGUUGUGCCUGAUGUGCCAGAAAAGCGUGGACCACGAAAGCCGCUACCCGUUACCCUGCGCCCACGCCAUCCACAAAGACUGCAUCCGUGUGUGGAUCCAGUCCAGCGGCAGGAACUCCUGCCCUUUCUGCCCCAAUAUCUUUGAAAAGCCCACCGAGACGUUCGCCGAGCCGCUAAAAGCCGGCGAGACGGAUGCUCCGAGCCGAUCGAGCUCGCCGCUCGUUUUAAGGCGUCAAAAAGAUCCACUUAGUGAGCCGGAUGGAUGA